CCAGGAAUCAAGCAGUAAUGUGUAAAAGCUGUUAUCUAGAAAGCCUUCCAGCAGCCAAAGCUCUCUAGCAAGCAGGCUUUCCUUUUUUUCUUGUUUUCAAACCCCCACCCUCUUUUUUUUAUUUUCUUUCCCUGACUUCAUGACAGGAUAUAUUGUCCGGUAACAAGGCUGAGCAGUUCACAACAUAAAUCUCAGUUAACCAGCUGGAGCUUGUGCCACAUCUUUAGCAUUUGAAAGAUUCCAGGCACUGUAUUGCCAAGGCUGACAGCUUGCAUUUAAGCUAUGAUAGACAUGAUUUCAAUCAGUGCUGCUUUCCUGCUUUCCCUUCUGUGCGAAACAUGUGGUUUAGUAUUACCUAAGUCCUCAGACUUAGCAUCUGCAGCCAGCAAUUACACCAUCAUAGAGCCAGAUCUGAGCACUCGACUGGACGCUGUCAAAGCUCCCAAGGCCAGAAAGAAGCGCUACAUUUCUCAGAAUGACAUGAUCGCAAUCGUUGAAUACCAUAAUCAAGUCAGAGGCAAAGUCUUUCCACCUGCCGCCAACAUGGAAUACAUGGUCUGGGAUGACAACUUGGCAAAAUUAUCUGAAGCCUGGGCUGCUACCUGUAUAUGGGAUCAUGGCCCAUCCCAUUUACUGAAGUUCCUUGGUCAAAACUUGUCUGUGAGAACAGGAAGAUAUAAAUCUAUACUUCAGCUGGUGAAGCCCUGGUAUGAUGAAGUUAAAGAUUAUGCUUUUCCAUAUCCUCAAGAAUGCAACCCUCGAUGUCCUUUGCGAUGUUAUGGACCAAUGUGUACGCAUUACACACAGAUGGUGUGGGCCACAACCAAUAGAAUAGGGUGUGCUAUACAUACGUGCCACAAUAUGAAUGUAUGGGGGGCCGUAUGGAGAAGAGCUGUCUAUUUGGUGUGCAAUUACUCUCCAAAGGGCAACUGGAUUGGAGAAGCGCCAUACACAAUCGGAGUUCCAUGUUCAGCCUGCCCCCCGAGCUAUGGAGGAUCCUGUAGUGACAACCAAUGUUUUCCAGGAGUCACCUCCAACUACUUGCACUGGUUUAAGUGAUCUCAGUUUGUAUUGAUUACAAAAGACGAUCCGAGUUUCUUUUUUCUCAGUUUUACAUUAAAUUAUUAUGAGCUGCUGAGAUUCAAAUAUUUGCACGGUUAGAAACAGAGGCAGAUUUGUAACUUAUCUCCGCCGACAUUUAUCAUGGCAGAAGCAAGAUGGAGAAUUUAGCUAAUCUUUGGUGCUACUGUUUGCCUUUGAAACAGCUAUAGAUGUACAGUAUGAUGAUUUGAUGGAGGUGAAGAGAAGGGAAGACUUUACACUUGUCUAUAAGGAACAUAUUGGUUAGAGGUUUACGUUUCAGGCAGGUGCUUCAUCUAUAUACAGUAUGUUUGUUUUGUAACAAUAUUCUUCACAACUAUAUCAUAUUUAAAAGAUAUUGUCAUGUAGCGUUGAAUAUAAAUGAAUAUUCUAUGAAUAUAUUUCUAUCAGAGAUAACAGCUUUGUAGUCUGUAAGUAUUAUUGUAACAGAUGAUGUCAACCUAUACAAACCCCCUUUGUUAUUCAUUCGAUCAGUUGGCUCAAUCUCUGCCAGAUCUACUUACUAAAUCCUGAAGAAGGAGCAAAAUCUAUUGCAGAAUUCUUCUUUAGAAGAGGAAGCAAACACCAGAUAUUAUUAUAGAGCAACACAGAUAUCUUUAUUAAUGGUGCUUAUUUUGAUUCUAAUUUAUUUUUGGUGCUUUAUAUAAAAAACCUCUUAAAAUCAGCAUAGAAAUGUCUGCCAUUGUUAUGCUGUAAAUGUAUAUAAAGGGGGUUAUCAAGGUCAGUAUUUCUAAUAUCAAACUUCGAGCAACUCCGAAUUC